UCGUUUAAAGAACAAACUUUGGAUAUAAUAAUUAAAAUUAUACAGAAUCGUUGUUAAAGUUAACUGUUAUAUAUUUUUUAUAUAGUAUAUUAAAAUUUCGACGAACAUUUUUUACUAAUAAUACACGAAACAAGGGCAGUCAAUGUUAACAGGGUUGACUAUUGAUGUUCGAUAAACACGCAACAAUUCUUGAAGGAAGCAUAGAACAUGGGACUAUUUGACCGAUUAGCGAAUCUUUUAGGUCUUAGGAAAAAAGAAGUAAACGUUUUAGUAGUGGGCCUUAAUAACAGUGGUAAGUCGACGGUCAUAAAUAAUUUCAAACGCGAGGAUGACCGUUGCAUAGACAUAGUGCCCACCGUCGGGUAUAAUGUUGAAAAAUUUGCAUUUAAAAAUGUCAAUUUUACGGCAUUCGAUAUGUCAGGUCAUGACCGCCAUAGAUCUUUAUGGGAACAUUACUAUAAGGAUUGCCAUGGUAUUAUAUUCAUAAUCGAUAGCAGCGAUAAGCUACGAUUGGUUGUUGUUAAAGAGGAAUUAGAUAUGCUUCUUCAACAUCCGGACGUGGCAGGUCGCAAAAUACCGAUACUAUUUCUAGCAAAUAAAAUGGAUUUGCCAGAUUCUUUGACUACUGUUAAACUUGUUGCUGGCCUUGGGCUUGACCGUAUACAGAACAAACCAUGGCACAUACGAGCAACAAACGCAAUCACCGGAGAAGGAUUACAACUUGGCAUAGAGUGGCUGACAGAUCAAAUUCGCGAUAUAUUUAUUAAUAAGAGAUAAAGUUAACACCAGUACAUAGAAGUAAUCGGUUACAUUCUCUCUUUCUAACCGAGCACAUGUACUUUUCGAUAUUCAAUUUUUCAAUUGGAAAACAUCGAUUCUAAUAAUGAAUCUUUGUUCGAAAAUCAGAUAGUGAUUUUAUAAGACAUAUUUUAUUUAUAUAUACAUAAGUUUGAAUAAUUUAUUAAUGUAAUCACCGAUGAAUCCGUCCAAUAAAUGUUACUCAUUUCUCACCGACUCUUAAAUCGAUGAUCCAUUAUGAAUUUUAAUUCUUUAUAGCAUUGUUAGAAUCUUAAACUAGUUAUUUAUUUACGAAGAAAUAUAGCCGUUAAAAUCCCUAGAUAUGUUGCGAUGAAGAGAUUGAAAGCAAAUUCCUACAGCCCCAUUGAGUCAAGUACAAAAUAUGCGUCAACAUACAAAGUAUAAUAAUUAGAUGCCAGG